CAGUGUAUCAUAUCCUGUCAACUGCCGGUGCUAGUGUUUACAAAUCGAUCAUCCAGUUUAUGCAUGAUCGCUACAGGGAUAUCUCGUUCAAAAUAUCCUCAAAAUCAAAUCCUCUCUCCUACGAUGUAUCGUUUAACCGGAUAGCCGUAGAAGGCGGAGUUCCCCGCAAUCAACCGAAAUGAAAUAAAUCAUUCCCAUCUUCCUCACCCUCACCAUCCAACCCUCUUCCAUAAACCCAACAACCUCAAUUGCAAAGCCCAUCUUGUAUACAAACAUGUCCUCCAACAACCUCUACGAGCAAGGCCUCCAAACCAGGCGCGAAGUCCUCGGCAACGAGCACGUCAACCGCACCCUCUCCACCAACACCAGCGACUUCACCCGGCCCAUGCAAGAAUUCAUCACCUCCUGGGCCUGGGGCGACGUAUGGAACCGCCCCGGUCUCGAGCGCAAACAGCGCAGCCUCCUCAACAUCGGCCUGUUGAUGGCGCUGAACCGGCAGCCGGAGCUGGGGAUGCAUGUGCGCGGAGCGAUUAACAAUGGACUCAGCGAGACGGAGAUCAGGGAGGCGAUUAUGCAUUCCACUGUUUAUUGUGGUGCACCGGCGGGGAUGGAGGCGUUGAGGACGGCGGAGAGGGUGCUGGAGGAGAUGGUGGAGAGGGGGGAGUAUACACGGGAGUUGCAGUAGGAUUUAUCUAUCCCUUGAUGAGAUGCAAGGGGUGUAGGUUAGAAUGCAUUGAUUUUCUUAUUUAAUAUUUGGUUUCAUGAGAUGCGAUAGCAACAUACAGUAGCAAUUGGAUAGCCAUGGUUAGAAUCAACCCGUGCACUGGGCUCUUCGCUGCAGUUGUCUAUGGCUUCCGGUCAGAGACAAAUGCGUCGUUCACACCGAAAACAUGGAUGAUGGGAGUCAAAUUCGAUACUGUCUAUCCUCAUCAUGGACCGAUCAAGAAUCUGUGGCAGAACAGAUAGAAUA